CCCCCCCCCCCCUUCCCCCCGAUAACUCUCUCUCUCCUUCUCUUUCAUGCGCAGUCAUCGGCGCUGUUCACGUCUUGCCAUUUGGAUCGUUGGAGCCACCGACCAGCACCAGUCUGAGGCGUUUUUUUUGUGACGUCUCAUCUCUGCAGCCGGCCACGUGAACAGCCAUCGGAGGAGCCGCCACUCUUCAGUCAGCGCCACCUUCGCGAUCUGCUCGCGCCGCCAGCUGUGCCGCCAACUGUCCGUCUUCUUUCUUCAAAUUUGGAUGCUACCAGAUCCGGCGCCACGCGACAAGCUCUCGCGCUGCUACAGCCGAUCAAGCUACGCAGCUUGUCGCCGUUUGACUUUCGAGCCCCGCUGCUGCCCCCCGAUCAUCAACUGCUCGUCGUCAGUUCGUCGAACAGCUUCUUCUGCUAGCCGGAAUUCGUUAGCUUUGCCUUUUGGGGCUGAAGCACAAAUUUCGCAGCGUCUAUGGCAACUACUCUAAUCAAUGCCCUCUACUUCCAUUUCUUGCCAGUCAACUCAUCCCAUGCUUUUCCUCUAUUACAAAGAUUUUUCCUUACCCAUCUUCUUGCAACCGAAGCCAGUCCACUUUCCAAAAUGUAGAAUCCUGUUCGUGGGUGUUAAUAUCUAUGUAUCAAGCCACUAUUGAAUCAAAGAUACUUUAAUUGUGCAUUGAGAUCUUGCUAUAUGGCUUAUAUUCCUCCACACAAACGUCAUUCAAGGGAUAUGGAGAAGCCAUCUCCUACAGCAGAGUUGCUUGCUCCUCAGUUUAACAGGAAAUUGAAUUUGAGGCCAUCUGCUCCUCAUUUCGUCCGAAAAGAUCUGAGGCCAUCUGGACGUAAAGUGGAUAGAAGUGGAAAGAUAGUCUAUGCCAAUCAGGCUAUAAAUAAAUGGUUUAGCAUUGGUAGUUCUGAUGAUGGUAAUCUGUUUCCCUCUUGUGUUCAUCUUGAGCCGUUCUCGGUGCAGGCCAUUGAGGAUAAAAGGGGUGAGAAACCUCUAGCUUUGGUGAACUCUAAUAUAUCUCAAGGGAAUAGAGAAGAGGAAGAAGAAGUCAUAACAGAACCAUGGGCAUCUAUUGUAGUAAAUCUACUGCCUGACUUACUUUCGUCAGUUGGACACGCAAAGAAUGAAAUGGAUCAAGAUGCCGAUGUGAAGCUGACAUUGGUAGCUAAGAUUGGAAAAGUUCUCUUUCAUGGGAUCUCUGAAAUUGACAAAAAUGAUGUGCCUAAUGAUAUGACAUUGAGACAGCUGAAGAGGUCGUUUUAUACUAAUGUCUCAGACGCUUGCAUAGAUCACAUUACAGCAAAAGUAAUUCCACAGAUUGGGGUUGAGUUUGAAGAGGAAAAAGAUAUAUAUCACAUGAAGUUAUCGGAUGCAAGACGUCCAGAUGUUACCUUAUCAUGCAAAUGUACUACUUUGCCAGAGUUGAAUAAACUCAAACUAUAUAAGGUUGAUCUUAACCCAGUGCGCCAUAUGGUUGUGGAUAUUUCUUGCCUGAAACAGAGUAAUGAUAUGAGGCUGAUGCUACGCUCGAAGAAGACAUUAGAAAAGCUGACUGAUGAUGAGAUGGAAGGCAUAGUAGAUCUUAUAAAUUCUGCUGUUUUAGACCAAGAUGCGAUGGGUGGCUUAAGAUGGCCUCUGGGGAAAGCUACCUCUGGGGAUAGAUUCAGAGUUAUCGGAGUUUGGCACACUGUUGCCAAGUCCUAUGUAAACCCAUUUGUGAGGCUCACACUAAGAAAUGCCGAUCGAUAUGAUUUCAGAACCUCAAUUGGUGAAGUGACAAAAGAGGUUACGAUGAAGCUGAAACAAGUAACUUCCGAACUACUGAGAGAGAAAGCUGAGUAUGAUGUGAUCUCUGAUAUGCUUAAUGACCAACUGAAGAUGUUCUGGAACCACUUUGUAAGCUCUACAUCCUGUUUAUCCUCUUUUAUUUCAACAUGAUGUAGUUUUGAAACCUUAGGGAUAAUAGGCUCAUUGUAGAACUAAAAAGGACAGGCUUCCAAUGCUGGUGUGAAUACUGGAGAAUUGUUUGCCCAGUUAGAGUUGUUAAUGCUGUAUUUUUUUUUUUCCUUUUUUGAAGUUUAGACCUCUUGUGUAUAGAACUGGAUGGCCUUUUUUGGUUGAUAAAUAUGCUUUAUGAGCUCUCCAUUUGUGGAAGUAUGCACUUUUCAGAAA